UUGGUUUUUGAGAUGUGUGUGCUGUAUACUUCUACUCCAUGUUGUCCCGGCUGACAUUUGGAUGACUUCCACGUCUAGUGAAACCAAUGUCCCGUCUUACGUAGUCCAUUCAUCUCCGAAGCAGACAUGCAUGAGAUUAUCACUCUCCAGCUAGGCCAGAAGGCCAAUUACUUGGCGACGCAUUUCUGGAACUUGCAAGUGAGUGCACAUGGAUGCCCCUUUUUCCAAAGGCUAUCCGCUGGAGACAUAUUCUAAUUCUCGAUUAGGAAUCAUAUUUCACAUAUGACAACGAAACCGAGUCUACUGUUGACCAUGACGUUCACUUUCGUCCCGGUGUAGGAGCGGACGGGUCCGAGACGUAUACUCCACGAACAGUGAUAUACGACUUGAAGGGCGCAUUCGGCACUCUUCGCAAGUACAAUGCUCUCUACGAGUUGAGCGAGGAUGCAAAUCCAGGCCAAGGACUUUGGUAAGAACUCUCCACCAAUAUAUCUUUGUGACAGUCAAUUGUUACGCACCGAUCCUUACCAUUUAUAGGGAUGGGAAAGAGAUUAUACAACAACAAACAGCCAUUCCGCAGAGUGAGUACCAAAAGAACCUAGAUGCAGGGCUUCCAGCACCCCAGCUUUCUGCAGAAACGGUGCGGUACUGGUCCGAUUACAACCGACAAUUUUAUCACCCGCGGUCCAUUGUCCAGCUGAAUGAUUAUGAGCUCAACUCCAGAGUAAUGCCCUUUGAGGACUGGAAUGUCGGAGAAGACCUCUUCGAUGAUCUCGACAAGGAGCACGACCUGCUUGACCGAGAUGUGAGGCCAUUUGCAGAAGAAUGUGACCAGCUGCGUGCGCUGCAAAUCUUCACAGGGUCUGACGAUGCCUGGGGUGGGUUUGCGGCGAAGUACGUUGACAGGCUGCGAGAUGAGUAUGGCAAAAAGGCCAUCUGGGUCUGGGCUAUUGAGAGUGGUGCAAAGGUUCACCGGCAAACACAGAUGAAGCGGGAUAUGAACAAAGCCCGGACCAUCUGCAACAUUUCCCCUCAAAGUUCCUUAUACACACCCAUCAUAGACCCGCCCAGUCGCCUUCCAAGCACCGUUCAUCUCAACCCGCACUCCCAAUGGUACACUUCAGCAUUGAUUAGCUCUGCCAUGGAAACGGUUACACUGCCCACUCGUCUUCGUCCAUACCACAAUUUCGAAGCUUCUUUGGCAGGCGACGACAGUAUUCACAAGAUUUUCGAGCUACAGUCUUCCAUCUUCAGAGCGGUGGACGAUGAGAAGCAAGCUUCUAAUUCUAAGGGGUCAAAUGAAGGAGACGAAUCGUCCAAGGUACAGAAAGAAUUUGAUUUGGACUUUUCCUAUGAUAGCCUGGAUAGCAACACGUCCCAUAUAUUCAACCAACUUCAGGUCAGACGCGGAAUUGAGGACACCGAUGACAAGAUCCCUUCCAUGAAAGACCUGAGUCUUAUCCGAAAAGAGCGCGCUUAUAACUCGGAGCCAAAUUUCCAGAGUUUCCACACAUCACUACAAUUCCCCGUUCUCGACAGUUUUCCGAGUGACUUAUUCUCGGUGGCUAAACCGGAAGGAAAGAUGAAUGUUCUCGCAACUCUGACAGCAUCCUCACGAACAGCGGAUAGUAUCAGAGCCAUGGAGACAGUUGCCAGUCGGAUCAUCAGUGUCGACGAGCGUGAGAACAUUGUGAAUGGACUAGGGGAGAUUCGCGAAACCUAUGAAACUGGGUGGAUGAGUGACUCGGAUUUCGAUGACGAUUAGAUAGUUUUGCUCGCAUAUCUAAAUUAAUUGUUUAC